AUAAGAACUCCUACGUUGUAAAGUUCAUAGGUUACCAAAUUACUCACCAUUCCAAAAAAAAUGAAGGCUCUCAUGCUAUAUUUCUUCACCUCUCUUUUGUUCCUCUUCUUAUCCUCCGCCCCCAUUGUCUCCCCACGGCGGUUUCCGACUUCCCCUCCGGUGGUCGACGUCGACGGCAAAGAGCUCAAACUCGGCGCCGCCUACUACGUCAUCUCCCAAGCUUUACCCCACCCGGAGGGUCUAUGCUUAGUCAACGUCCAGAACAACCAAUCCAGCGCGCACCCACACGACGUCGUUCAGUGCACGCCUUUUCCAGACGAACCUCUCCUCGGAUUCCCCGUCGUGUUCUCCGCCGCCGCCGACGACACGGAAGAUCCGGUCGUCAGGGAGAACACGGUUUACAACGUUAAGUUUCCCGUCAAGGGAAACCGUAGCAACGAAACGGCUGUUUGGGCUUUAACGGAGGCCCAUUCUCCGAUCCAGAAAUUCGUCACGACGGAUCCGAAGGGUACCAAAGUCCAAUUUCAGGCCCAGAGGGUUGGGUUUGGAUAUAAGAUGAUUUAUUGCGUGGUAAUUCCUAUACCGCGGAUACCCAUUUGUUACGCAAUUGGGCUUAUACCGGACUUUGGGUACAACCGUUUGGGUAUCGGGUUGGGUCUUGAACCGGCCCAAUUUUUCUUCAAGAGUAGUGAAGCUAAAGCCAACUCAUCAGUCAACCAUGUGGCCACCUCUUAGAUUAGCUAGCUUAAAAAAGAGUGAUGACUAAUAAUAAUAAUAAUAAAUAAGGCUAAAAUUUAAAUGUUUUCAUGAUUUUGUUUUAAUUAUGGUGUGAUUACAAUUGUGCCAAUUUCAUAAACAUAUAUGAAGUCAUACGUUAUUAAAAAUGAAUUUCAUAUAUGUGAUAAUAUGAAAGUCUCGUUAUGAAAUAAAUUGGUGAGAUGUGU